AUGACAACUUGGCAGAAUGGCUUGGGAAAUGCCACCUCUGUUAUCUGUAUAGUAAUGGAUAAUAAAGAAUCAGGGAGCAAUACUACCUCAUUAUGUCAUAAUGGGGGGAUCAGCACAAAUAACAAAAAUGGAAAUAACAAUCAGGAUGAUAAAACCAGUCCUUCCAAAAUAAUGCAUUUUUUCCCCACUCCUAGGAAGAGAUCCAGCUCCAAUGUAGAACGACCUCGUUCAGUUAUAGUUAUGGGGAACUCGUCAACAUGGAAUGCUUUGUCUUCCCUUAAAAAAAUGGGAUCUUUCAAGAAGUUAAAAUCAUCAGUUCUCCAAGGAAUUCCAGCCAAAGAGGAUCCAGAUAGCUUAAAGGAUAACCUGCCAGAGAACAAAAUCAGGAAAUACAUUCCAAACAAUACAACGGUAAGAGUUCAAACAAACAGGUAUUCUUAUUCAGAACCUUUACAUGACUUGCACAGCGCCAGUGAUAUCACAGUGGUUUCUGAUAAUUCUGAUGGAGAGGAAGAUUCCUUCCUGAGGAACACUCAUCGAUCACGCAGCAUCAGGCGUGCUUAUGCAACUGGCCGUAUAAAUUUAUUAGAUGGUGAUAGAACCCAGGACCCACAGAGCAAUACCAAAAUAGUCUCCCCUGUCAUGCAGGAAUCCCAGAUUUGUGAAAUUGUAGGAAAAGAUCCAGAAUGUCCCAAAGUGAUCUACAGGAGGAGUAAGAGCAGUGAUAACCUGAAUUUUCUCAAAAAGAGUUCAUUCAAAAGGAAGUCAACCUCAAACCUCACCGACCUGAAAGCUGUAAACGAAAAGCAUUUGCCAAGAACCACGAGUAUGUCGUCAACUGACUCAGACAAAACCAACAGGAACUCAGAGCGGAAAUCAAAACGUUGGAAGAGCCCAAUUAGAGCGAAGGAUUUUGACAGAGUUUUGAAACUUGUCAGUAACGUAACUGAUGGUGCUUUGAAGAAGGACUGUCCUAGGCCUGAUACUUCUUCCCCUGGUGAACAGAACCAAAAGACAAGACCAAACAGCAGGCUCCAUGAGGACUAUUCCCGCAGGGUUUCCAGCAGCACUGAGAACGAUAGGCAGAAGUGUUUGUCAUCCCGGCGUCACCCAGCCUCAGCUCCUUCCAGGUACAGCACCCAGUGCUCCGAGGAUGACUCUGCUGGAUCACCAUCUCCAUUAAAUGUUGAUGCUACUGGCUGUAGGAUGUCAUCCUGUAAUCUUUCAAACUUGGUUUGUUCACCACCUCCACUUCAGAACCCUGGGUCAAUUCCUGAUGAAGUUUUCCAUGAAGAUUUUGAUGGAUCAAAAAAUUCCAGCCUAUUUACAUACAGCACUGAGCCCCCCAACCAUCCUGCUAGACCCACUGUUCCCAAGCCUCAGAGUCUUAGUGCUGAAAGCAUCAAGUGCAGUAUGGAUGUCCAUUGUCCAGACCGGUACAGUACCCUGUCGCUCAACUCAGUGGAAAAUAAGGUUUCAAAAUCAUCUGCCAAUAUAAAGAUAGUUUCUAGUUUCACAGAUUGCACUGAGACACAAUGUGUUGUUACUGAUGAUCACUGGAAGAAGUUUCCAUUCCAAGAUGAAGAAAAAACAGAUGCUCAAAAAGUCCCAACCAGAAGAUGGGGUUCUGGAAAAAGAUCUCGGCCUCGGCCCCUCUCAGAUUUACCGCCUGUGGCACGGCCCCCGGUACCAGCACAUCAGGUUCCCCCCUACAAAGCUGUCUCAGCCAGAUACCGCCCCUUCACCUUUUCUCAAAGCACUCCCAUUGGUCUGGAUAAAGUUGGGUGUAAGCGUCACAUGAGAGCAUCCAAUGGUGCUGCAGAUGGUACCUCUGAAUCUCCAGCUUUAGUGGAUGAUAAUGGCAGUGAAGAGGAUUACGGCUAUGAAGAACUCUGCCAUGCCCACCCAAGGUACUUGCAGCCUGGAGGCGAGCAGCUAGCUGUCAGUGAGCUGAUAAGUGAUGGAAAUGUGGUCUGUGCCGAGGCUCUCUGGGAUCACGUGACCAUGGAUGAUCAGGAAUUAGCCUUCAAAGCUGGAGAAGUCAUCCAAGUCCUUGAAGCUUCCAAUAAAGAUUGGUGGUGGGGAAGAAAUGAAGACAAGGAAGCUUGGUUUCCAGCCAGUUUUGUCAGACUACGAGUCAAUCAAGAAGAAUCUGCAGAAUACUCUAGUGGCCUCCAAAAUGAAGAGCCAAAUAUAGAUCCUGAAAGGCAUCGCCAAAAAAUAGCAGAAAACAAAGAUCAGAUGAGAACCAAUGUAAUUCAGGAAAUAAUGAACACAGAGAAGAUUUAUAUCAAACAUCUGAAAGACAUCUGUGAGGGAUACAUUCGGCAAUGUCGCAAACAUACCGGAAUGUUCACAUCGGCCCAGCUAAGCACCAUAUUUGGAAAUAUUGAAGAUAUUUACAAAUUCCAAAGAAAAUUUUUGAAAGAUCUAGAAAAGCAGUACAACAAAGAAGAGCCCCACUUAAGUGAAAUAGGAUCCUGCUUUCUUCAGCAUCAAGAAGGAUUUGCAAUCUAUUCUGAGUAUUGUAACAAUCACCCUGGAGCCUGCCUUGAGCUUUCCAAGCUGAUGAAGCAGAGCAAGUACCGCCAUUUUUUUGAAGCUUGUCGCCUCCUUCAGCAAAUGAUUGACAUUGCCAUUGAUGGUUUCCUUCUCACUCCUGUUCAGAAAAUCUGUAAAUAUCCCUUGCAGCUUGCUGAAUUAUUGAAGUACACCACUCAGGAUCAUAGUGACUAUAACAAUAUCAAGGCAGCAUACGAAGCCAUGAAGAACGUAGCUUGCCUCAUCAAUGAACGCAAACGAAGGCUAGAAAGCAUAGACAAGAUUGCUCGCUGGCAAGUCUCCAUUGUCAGUUGGGAGGGGCAAGACAUCUUAGGCAAAAGCUCUGAAUUAAUCCACUCAGGAGAAUUGACCAAAAUCUCCAAACAAGGCAAAAGUCAGCAAAGAACAUUCUUUCUUUUUGACCAUCAGCUUGUGUUCUGUAAGAAGGAUUUAUUGAGAAGGGACAUGUUGUAUUACAAAGGCCGGAUGGACAUGGACGAAAUGGAGGUGGUAGAUGUUGAGGAUGGCAAAGACAAAGACUUUAAUAUCUCUGUAAAAAAUGCUUUCAAAAUUGUAAAUAAUGCUACAGAAGAAGUUCACCUAUUUUGUGGGAAAAAGCCAGGUGAUAAAAAAAAGUGGCUGGAGGCUUGUAUAAAUGAGAGGAGACGAGUGCAAGAAGACAAAGAAAUGGGAAUGGAAAUCUCAGAAAACCAAAAGAAGCAAGCAAUGCAAAAUGCACGGAAGUCAAGAAAUGGAAAAAUGAAAGGUGUCAGCUAUAAUGGAUGCCCAGUGCCACCGCCACACCAGAGUUUGCAUCCUAUCCAUCAGCGUCAUGUUACAGUGCCCACUAGUAUUCCACAGCAGCAGGUGUUUGCCCUAGCAGAACCAAAGCGGAAACCAUCCCUUUUCUGGCACACUUUUAACAAACUGACGCCAUUUAAGAAAUGAACAGCCCAACAUCCAUGGCCUGAGAGGCCAUCUGGAAAAGGGGAACAAUUUACCAGCAAAGCUUUUGUUGGUCCAGUUGGAAAACAUGGAUUCUGCCCUGGAUAGAAGAUAUGGGUUGAUUUCUGAUUUUCCACCAUAACCUUCAUUGAGCAACAUGAAGAAGACAUGGUUUAUUGAAGGAGAAAGUGAAUGAUCUGAAAUGGAUGUGGUCCUGAAUCAAUAAACAGACCGAUGGGAGAGUUACCACUUGACCACAGUAGCAAAUUGCUGCUAUCUCAGAAAAGGGCAUGUGCAUAAGUCAUCCUUGUACCAAAGGAAUGGUUCAAAACUUUUAAGUCAUUUUGACAGGCUUAAUAGUGAAUGGAUUGACCAAAUUUAAAAACAGG